UUAUCAAAAACAAAUGAUAAUUUUGAAAGAAUUGACGUCAAAAAUGUUUGUUUUACUUAGUGUGAGUCUAUAGUUUUUCGGAGAAUUGUCACAUUUUGUUAAAAACAAAAUCUUUUCCCUGGUUUUUGGACUUGGAGACUUGGAUUCUGGAGCGUGUUGGAUUAUUUCGAGUGUUUAUUUAAUUUUAGUGAAUUAAAAAAAAAUCUUAACUAUAAUAUCAAAAUAUGGAUCAGUUUUGGGCAAAUUUUGGAGGAACGACCAAGUUUUCUUAUGAAUCUCAGCUCCACAACAUGGAUUUCUCCAGCAGUCUAGCUUUACUAGCGCUGAUCUUCUCCGCUUCAGGCCUGGAGCUCCCUCGCUUGCCGAAGACGAACAGCAGCGAGUUCCUGAACAAGUUCAACCAGGGCAGGGCCAACGGCAGCGAGUUUCUGAGCAAGAUCAACCAAGGGAUCCAGAAGGACAUCUCUGACGCGCGACAGCCGAUCGUCAAGAAUAUUGUUAAAGGGGUAUUCGCUCCGUGUGAAGAAGUGAAGAAAAUUAUCGGCGUGUCGUACCAGCAGCUGGAUGGCGGGAAAAAUGAACCGGAUGUAAACGCGCUCACACUCAAAUACAUCUCCCGCGACGUGAACGUUAGCUAUAACAUAAACUCGGCGGCUCGCAUCAUCUCACAGAACGCCCGCGUCCACAGUCCUGAUGAGAAGCUGUUUAUCUACAUCCACGGCUUCACUGACGACCCGGGUCAGGCCAGCUUCGGGAACAUCAGCGAAGCUUUGUAUAACAAAGGCAUCAACAGCGUGCUGGCGCUAGAUGCUGGGUUCCUCCUCGAGUGGCUCUAUCUCCGCUCCACCACGUACGUGCGGUUCGUUGGGGAGAAGCUGGGCGAAGUACUCGCCGCUUUGGUUAAGAACGGAAUCAGCGCGAAAUCCAUUAACAUAAUUGGGCACAGCCUGGGCGCGCACAUGGCCAGCUUCACCGGCAAGUCGUUCAAGAAUGUCACAGGGCACAAGGUCGGCAGGAUCACUGGGUUGGACCCUGCCGGGCCGUGCUUCACUCAGGCUGAACCGGAAUUGAGGCUCAAGGCGUCUGACGCAGAGUUUGUGGAUGUCAUUCACACCAAUGCUGGAGUGCUGGGGAUGGAGGAGCCAGUCGGUCACGUGGACUAUUACCCGAAUGGCGGCUCCGAGCAGCCGAACUGCAAGCUGUCUUCCAGCUGCAGCCACAGCAGAGCUUGGCUGAUGUACUCGGAGUCUGUGGUCAAUGAGGAAGGGUUCCCUGCUGUCAGCUGCGACAGCUGGGACCAGUUCAAGGAAGGGAAAUGCGGGAAGAAGAUCAGCUAUAUGGGAUUCGCAGCCAACCGCUCCGCUCGGGGCAAAUACUUUCUUCAAACGAGCGGCGACGCCCCCUUCGGCCUCGGCGAGACUGGACUAAAGUACGAGGAGACCAGCUUCACCAGAAAUUUAGCCAAGGCUAUAUUCUGACAACGACCCGCAAAUCACACGAGCAAUGGCGAAAAAGCGCACAAAACAAAAAAACAUUUGAGUGCUCCGCGUUUUGUUUCAGGGAAACAUUUUAGGAAUCUCACUUCACCCAUUUUCAGAAGAACAAUUAAAGAGACUGCUAAGAAGUAUGUCACUUUACCCGUUAGUAAGAAAAAAGUUAAGGAUACUGCGAAAGAUAAUACAUCUGCAAUGGAAAACGUAACUUCACUUAGGAAAAAUAAUUAUGAGACUACAAAGGAAAAUAUCAUGAUACCAAUAUUCGGACAAAAGGUUAACGAAACCACAGAGGAAAUUGUCACUUCACCCGUUCAUAGAGAAAAAGGUUAAAGUGCCUGUAAGUGACAAAACUUCACAGAUAUAAGAAUAUUAUACAACAUUCUGUGCAAAAAUGGAAUAUUCCAGCGUCAAAGUGAGAUUUAUAUUAUAGUUCGGUACAUAAGCUGUAUAAGUUCAUGAUUACUCGACAAAGUAAUUAAGUGUAUUGGUCGUUAAUUUGGUUAUUAGUCUGUAAAAGUGAUAAGUUUUCAUCAAUUUCAAUUUAAUUUUGACAAAUUCCAUUCAACUGCGAAAGUAAACCGUUUGGACAAGUACACUGAUCGGGAAAAUAGAUAGACUCCUGACGGCUCAGUUGGCUUAGAUACUAAGUACCUAUAUAAUUAUUAAUCGAGAAUUUAAUUUACUAUGUGAUUAUGUUAUCUACCUUAUAAUUUUUGUAUAAUUGCAAUAGAUAAGGUCCAUAUUAUUUUUAUUACUAAGUAACAAUAGAGAUCAUUUAUUUAUAUAUUUUUACAAAACAGUUUUAAGAUUGUUGACACAUUUAUCAUGAUGCUAUAGAUAUUUAUCUACUUAUUUAAAGAAGUGUGUUUAACACUUCAAACUUUUUUUAUCAUAAACUAAGGUUGUUCAAAUAGUUGGUCUAUGAUAAAAAAAAACUAGCGUGUAAUUGUAAUGAAAAUAAUUAUAUUUAAUUCCCAAAAUAUAAAUUGUAAUGUUGUCAAGACAAUCGGCGGCAAUCUUAUCUGUCAAUAUGAAAAAAUAUUUGAACCGAGAACACAUUGUGAUUUAUUCUUUUAAGAGUGGCCAGUGUACCUAGGUACUAAACAUGAAUAAUUUGAUUUCAAACUAUCAAGAUCUUAGAUUCGCAAUAUACUAGGUGUAUAUUUAUGCUUGUUGCCAUUUAUUAUUUGUAAUUAAUUGUAGAUAAAUACGGAAACACGAGCAUGUUACUAUGGAAGCGUACAUUUUAAGGUAGAAUAGGUAAAAGAUGCGUGAUCUAUGGUACAUUAAAAAUUUUAAGGUUAUGAUUUUAAUUUAUUAACCUGCAACAACUUGUUAAUUGACAGAUUUUAAUAAUUUAAUUAAAACAUUUUAUUAAAA